AUGGAGGAGAAACCAAGCGAUACCGAUACCGACUUCUCACCUGGCUUCGUGCCCAGCGCCGAUGAGAGCUCGGCGGGGCACAGCCGCCAGUCUGCCUUUGCUCUCUCCCGUCACGUGUCUGAUUCUAGUUAUUUCGCUCAUCGCCGUCCUGUCGCCGCAGACCCCGGAGGACCAGCAGAGACGAUCACCAGCCGACAGCUGACCGAGCAGAGCCGGUUUGCGUUUGCCGCCCUGUGCAGCGUCUCCCUGGGCCAGCUGUUCGCCGGACCUGAAGACAGUGGCUUCAGGGAGCAGUACCUGCGGGACUUGGUGCGGUGCCUGGAUCUGGACGAGUCGGUGAUGCCCGUCAUGGGGGCCUUUCUGUCAGGUCUGGGCUUCGAGGGCACCGAUACCUUUCUCUCCAUCCUACAGGCCGAUCCACUGGUGGCUGCAGGAGCCACACCCAUCAUACAGGAUCUGGUGACUUUGUCUGUCAAACAUGGUCAGUACGACGCCAGAGCGAGAGUCCUGAUCCGUCACGUUAGCUGUCUGCUACGGGUGUCCCCGCGGCAGCUGGAGGAGUUUGAGGAGACGCUCGGAGAGAGGCUGAGGGAAGCGGGAGAGGAGAGCGAAGAGGAGUCCUCUCGGCGACAGAGGAGAGAAAGAGGGCGAAAGCUGAGACGCUACCUCCUCAUCGGGUUGGCCACUGUGGGAGGAGGGACUGUGAUCGGUGUGACAGGUGGCCUGGCCGCUCCUCUGGUGGCAGCCGGAGCUGGCGCUGUGCUGGGGGCCGGGGGGGCCGCCGCUCUGGGCUCAGCCGCUGGCAUCGCAAUAAUGGCCUCUCUGUUCGGGGCCGCCGGAGCUGGACUGACCGGCUAUAAGAUGAAUAAGUGUGUCGGGGCCAUAGAAGAGUUUGAAUUUCGACCAAUGAGCUCUGGGAAGCAUCUUCACCUGACCAUCGCAGUGACGGGUUGGCUCUGCAGUGGUAAAUACAAUUCGUUUCAGGCCCCGUGGUGCAGCUUGGGCGAGUGUGGAGAGCAGUACUGUCUGGUGUGGGAGUCACGUUUCCUCAGGGACCUGGGCUCCGCCAUGACCUCCCUGUUGGACGGCCUGGUCAGCAUGGUGGCCCAGGAAGCCCUCAAGUACACCGUGCUCUCAGGAAUCGUGACGGCGCUGACGUGGCCUGCAUCUCUGCUGGCAGCAGCCAGCGUCAUCGACAACCCCUGGUGUGUUUGCCUGAACCGCUCAGCUGAGGUGGGCAAACACCUGGCUCAGGUGUUGAGAAGCAGGCGGCAGGGGAAGCGACCUGUCAGCCUCAUAGGUUUUAGUCUGGGAGCCCGAGUCAUCUACUACUGUCUGCAGGAGCUUGCCAAGGAUAAAGGAAGUGAAGGCGUGGUGGAGGACGUGGUCCUUCUGGGAGCCCCUGUAGACGGCUCUGAGAAGUCCUGGGAGAGAAUGGUGGGGGUGGUGGCAGGCAAAAUAGUGAACGGCUACUGCAGAGGGGACUGGCUCCUGGGGUACCUGUACCGAAGCUCAUCCGCACAGCUGUCGGUUGCUGGGCUGCAGCCAAUCAACAUCCAGGAUCGGCGGAUAAUUAAUGUGGAUCUUUCGUCGGUGGUGAAAGGCCACUUGGACUACAUGCGUCAGAUGGACACCAUCUUGGUGGCAGUCGGAGUUCCCACCAAAGAAGUGCCGGGAGCCUCGUUCGUCCUUCCGCAGUCCGCGAAAGCCGGCGAGAAGACCACGGACAAUCUGGCCCAAAGCAACACGGAGCAGCGAGUGAGCGUACCGCAAAACCCUGCUGGGAAAGAAGAGAGCAGAGACUGGAGAGAGGUGGCAGAGACAGAAGCUAUGGGGGAUGGCUGGGAUAUUCCUGACAUUACAGAUCUGCUGGACUCGCUGAAUGAGACAGAAUCAACCCAUCAGGUCUCAACUCGGAGCAAAGUAUCGGCUAAUAGCGAGGAGACGGCCACUGAUAACGCCACGUCCUCGGAUUUCAAUCCACAAAACAACAGUUUAGAGGAGGCUGACCUUAAUGAUGAUGAUGAUGAUGAUGAUGAUGAUAAGCGCAUAUCAUGGAGCUGGGAUGAUGCACACUGGACUACAGCGCGCUCACACAAAUAAAAACCUUCAAAGAGCAUGUUCUAGGACCAGCUGCUUUCUCAACAGCUCUCAUGGUCUCAAGUUAUUUUUUGCAACACAGAAGCUCCUUUGAUAGAAAAAAAAAAAA